AUGGACGCACUUCCUGAUAUAUUCUAUAAAACAUUUCCACAUAAUUCUAAAGAUUCAAAACAACAAUAUUAUUCAGAAGUUUUUCAAUUUUUUGGAGAUAUAAAAAGUUUGGAUGAGGAUGAUUAUAUUUGUCUAUUUCUUGUCGUAUGGAAUAAUGAUCCAGAUCUUUUUAGUGCACUUGAGGAGUUUUAUUUUGAAUCAUCAAUCAUUCAAAAUGCAAUAUGUAAUAUAUCUUGGAAUUGUAAACAUGUUACUCAUGUUACUAUGGGACAUUGUUUUGCACAAUAUAUUCAAAGUAUAACAUCAAGGAAUUCACAAUUGCAAUAUGACGUGAUUGGUAAUAUUAUUUAUUACCUUCAAAACAAACAUAAUUUACCAAAUUCCAUACAAGAACGUCUAUCUAAAAUGGAUCCAUCACGAAGACAUUUAUUACGUUGGAUAUGUACUCUUGGGAUUCAAUCUUAUACUUAUUUACAAUAUAUAGAUUAUAUCUCUAAAUACCAAUUUAGGCCCCGUAUUAAUUUUAUGGUUUAUGACUACCCGAAUAUACAAGAUGUACAAAAUAUACAAAAUAAUAAAUCAGAACCGAUAACAGUUUUAGAAACAAAAAACAAAGAAUUGGCCAAUGAAGCUAAAUGUGAAAAAGACAAAUCAUUGAAAAUUUCGAUCAAGAAACAAUCAAACAAAUUAUCUUUAGGAAAAACAUCACAAACAUCACAAGAUGAUAUAAAAAGCAUGCGUCAAGAAAUAGAACGUUUGCGUCAAGAAAUAGAACAUUCAAGAAGUGAAGCAGCAAAAUAUCAACUUGAGUUAGGGAAUGCUACGAAUUGCAUAUGGAAAGACGAUGAUCCUAAUAAUCCUUGUCGUUUAACUGAAGAAUUUAAACAUCUUCAAGAUGAAUUAUUUAAUUUCGCCAAGGUAAAAGGAGGGUCUAUAAAAAUUCACGCACAAGCGGCUAAUGACCUGUUUAAACAAUAUAACCGUACAAUAACGUCUGAUGACCCAGGAAUGAAAUCAAUUCUUUCUGCUGUCUUACAAAGACAUGUAUUUGACUUUAUUUAUCAAGAAAUAAAAAAUUAUUUUGAAAAUUUUUCAAUAGAUCAACCUGGAAAUAUACAGAAUGAAUUACUUGAAUUUAGAAUAAAAACAAAAACAGAUGAUUUGAUUAGUUUAACUAAUCAAUUUUCAGAAGUUAAUCCAGGAAAUGACGUUCUUCCAAAAAAGAUACGUCAACAAAUUUAUGCUGCUUUAAGCAAUAGGGGAUUUACCAAUCCAGAUCAUCCACUCAUUCAAAGAAUUGUUAAAAAACUCUUGGAAUUAAUGGAUGGAUACAGAACAAUAGAAUCAAAAGAAAAAAAGGAUAGAUCACAGUUGAAAGCAAGAUAUAUAGUUCAGCAAAUUAUGAAAUUGUUUUACUUUCGUAUAUACACUCAAGAACAACCUCCAGAACUUAUUUUUUAUGAGAGCGGUGAUGCUUUCGAUGGGUUGAGUAUGGAAAACCUUGCUUAUGAGGAUUCAGAGGAAUCUGAUGUUGAAUUUUGUGCAUUUCCAGCGGUAGCAAUUAUGGUGAAUAAUAGUGAUAUGUAUGAUAAGGUGCUUGUUAAAGCAAAGGUAGUAUUACGACCUAGAACUGAUAAUAUAACCGUUCUUGAUUGA